GUUAAAAAGUAUAAUAAACAUUCUCCGGUUUCUAUUCUCCUAUUCAAAUGCCAUAUGUGGUGGUUGAGAUCUUAAGGCCGUCACGUUCACCGUUCAGAAGUAAAGUUCCAUUUACGUGCGUCACGUUCGGAAAACGAAUGCGUCCGUCAUUACAGGAUCGUGCGAUAUUCUUAUUUAUUUUAUAAAACACAAUAUGAUGCCACACCCCGAAGCUUUAAUCCAUAACCUUCCAAACUCAAGCGCCACAUUGGGUGUUUGUUGAAGUUGAACCGCGUAUAUACGAACGAAAACGCGCCACAGAUAUACAAACGAAGAGACGAAUGCGCUGUAUAAUUCGCGUUUUAAUUUUACUUUUUUUGUCUUCUGCUUGGGUCACUGAGAAUGCUUUAAAAUCUGAAAACAUACGCAUUGUUAAAGACGGCCCUUCCGCUGCAACGACGUUGCAAGAAACUGCUCCAGAUGCAAAAGUGGGAUUCAUUAUUGCAGCAGUAUUAGGUUACUGCAUAUAUAAAAUUAUGACAAUAGCAGCUAGAAGAAAAUUGGAAUCUUCUGCAGAACCCAAUGAUACAAAUGAAAUUUCAGAUGUAGUAGAUUCAGAUAAUUAUAAGCUUAUUUUAGUAAUUAGAACUGACUUGAAAAUGGGAAAGGGAAAAGUUGCAGCACAAUGUGCUCAUGCUGCUGUUGCAGCUUAUAAAGCAGUUACAAAGUAUCCCAAAGUUUUACAAGCUUGGGAAGAAUGUGGACAAGCCAAGAUCACUCUAAAGGUGGAUAGUGAGAAUGCUUUGGUGGAAAUAGCGAGACAGGCUAGAACUGUAGGACUUUUGGCGAAUACUAUACAAGAUGCUGGACGUACGCAGAUAAAAUCAGGAAGCAAAACAGUAUGUGCAAUUGGUCCAGGCCCAGCUGACUUAAUAGAUCAAGUAACUGAACUUUCCAUUCACAUAUUGAAAGAUAAUCAAGCAUAG